AGCAUUUUUCCUGCUUUGUUAUUUUGAUCCUACAGAGUGUAUAAAAGGUUUUAUGGUCUUCACUGAGUCAGUUUGCUUAUAGAGCUGAUACUAGAAUCGAAACGCUAAGAAAAAUAGAAAGACUCAUCAUGAUGGACACUGAGUGUACAAUUUGCGAAGCAGAGUUUUGCAACCGGAUCAAUCAGACUUUUCAGUUGGGAUGGCAAGACUAUCGUUGUUUUCAGAUCGUGGAGCGAGCCACAACCCGCGGGACUCCGAAACUUCUAGACAGCAUGGGGUACACAUAUACCGUGAGAAAACGAGAGGCUAACUCGACCGCUUGGCAGUGUACGGUAUCAACAGAGGGUUUCCGCUGCCCGGCUGUACUAACACAAUGGAAUGAUGGCGAUUUCACAUUCAGCCGAAGAACCCACAACCACCGUUCAUCUGUUGCAGCCCUUAUAGUGGCCCGGAUCGAGUCUCGUGUCAGGGACGAGGCUGCUGCUGAUAUCUCCAAACCGGCAUCGAAGAUCGUCAAGCAGUUACUUCAUGAGGAAUUACCACAUGCACCUUGCCCAAGACUGCCACGGCCUAAACGUCUUGAGAAGAUGGCAAACCGCUUCCGUGAGAAGUUGCGAUUAGACUGUCUUCUCAACGGCGACCGCAAGAUGUAGCGUCUUUUAGUGAAGACGAUAGCAACAAACGGCUCCAUUAGGAGCCACCCAAUUUGAAAAAGUCAAUGGAUGAUCCAAUGUAUAUACUGCUUGCUGAGAAAAGAAAAGAAAAGAAAAGGUUUAUAUCAGAACUUCAAUUACAAAUUCGGCGCGCAAGGAUAGCAAACCACUUCCGUGAGAAGCUAAGACCGGCGGAAUGCGUCUGACCUCCUUAAGCUUUUAAAGCAAGUGAGGGAAAACAAAUCAACAAAUGACUCCUUUAAAGUUGGAAAAAGUAAAUGUUUUUUCUUUUUUUGGUUAAUGUUUCUAAUCGGACAGUGUAAUUGGACAGUAAGAGCGCUCUUUCUUAAACAGAUGGCCUUGAGCAGAUUCCUCGUGCUCUGCCUCUGGUAAAACCAGACUCUAUUGCUAAAACGUUUAGUUUUUAUUGAGACCUGGCCUUUAAUCAAUGGUUAUGGCCAUCAGAUUUUCUGACAGUUUUGAUUAAUUGUUAAAAAGUCUUCAUAUCGUCCAAUUUGUCAAUCACUCGGCAGUUUUCGGUUUCUCACUCGUAUUAUUA